AUGUCUAAUCACGACGACAACGGAGAAGUGGAUAACGAUUAUGUACAUUGGGACGAAGUCAUGUUGACGAUCGAUCGAACUUCUCUUUCCCUGAACCGAGUUGGAGACGGUGACCUGCGUAUGGGUCACUGUUGGGGUGUUUCCGUGCAUUCUCUCUUUUCUCUUUCUUUCCUUCCUUUCGUUAGCAUUGGGAUGCGUCCAGGGUUCUUCUUUUUCUUUCUUGUUCUUUUUCUAUCUUUCAUCUUCACCUUCACCUUCUUCCAUUCUUUCUGUUCAAUUCCCCACCUGUUUUUUUUAAUCUCUUGCCCUCACCCAAUCAUGCCGAUCUGUUGUCUGACUGUGGACGGGAGACACAAGGAUGGCAUGCUCUGCUAG